AUGCCAGGCAAGUAUUCCCACAACGUUGUCCUCAGCGACUACUCCAGCCAGGGUCUCAUCUCCAUUCCCAAUGACAAGCAAAUUAAUUGUCUAAGAGACUCGGCCACCCCUCGCGCCGCUUCCAGCGCAUCCCACCGGACCAGAACUCACGCAGACGCUACUCAGAAGUCACCAAACACUGGCUCUGCGGGUCAUGCGUUUGCAUCUGCCUACAAUCAGUACACCAUCCACAGAUCAACUCACAAUCCCCAACGUCUGCUCAUCAUUGACUCCGAGAGCGAUGAAGAACACCCUGAACCUCCAGAAAAUGGUCGAACUUCGACUGCAGUCCGUACUGCGCCCACACGCCAGGCUCGCGCAGAUACGCCCCAGCAUUUUGGGCCAGAAGCGGUCCCGAAGACACCAGGACGCAAGACUCCGCGUGCGGGCGCACAAAACACCGUUCCUCCUUCCGAAGACAGUCCCUCAAUUAGAUCUAUGCGCUCUUCGGUCAGCAAACCUCGUUCGGGGGGUGUCAAAGCCUUCAUUGAAUCAAGAUAUAAAGAAGAGGCGGCUGCUGAUCAAAUUGCGGAUCCCGCUACGAGCACAAUUUCGCUGCAUGAGUUUCUUGACAGCGCGCCGCGCUCGCCGGCAAAGUCUAAACCGCAAGCUAGAGCACCACGUAUGGUUCCGGAUAAGACUGCCGAUCUUCUACACGACCGUGGCAUCUCAGUGGGGGAAUUCCUAAAACUUGUGCCAGACCCUGCGUCGGCAGAGGCUUUGGAGGAGCCCUUGAAGCCAUCUAGGUCAGAGACGCAGAGCAAACCGGGCCCGACGCCUGGAGUCAGUCGGCUACCAAAAGGGUUGCGACAUGGAAACCCUACCUUACCACUGAAGCAGACUGAAGCAGGGCCUUCAAAGCAGCCAAGGAGACGACCGCCCAUGCCUGCAGCGAAAUUCGGCAGUACGUCAACCCUAACACGGGGCCCGCCCUCUCGUUCAGCCUCUACUACGCCAACUGUGAUCAGGAUUCCGCCUGGAUCAAUAAAUUCGACCAUGACGAUGAAGAAUCUUCGGCCCUCAUCGCCGGCGCCGCGAAUGUCGGUCUCGCAAUCCCGGCUAGCUGCUCCGCCCCAAGACCAACACUUAGACGGCUACGAGCUCGACUUCGAUGGCUUCACAGACGACGGGGAUUCCUAUUUUACUUCCAUUCCUGUGACUCGGAGUUCAAGCAAGACUGUUUCCCGCCAAACUUCACUAAACCGGACCUGGAGCGUAAAAUCUCCAGUCAGGCGUGGCAACCUUCCUGCCUCACCUUCCGCGCAGACUUCUACGAAAACUACUUCGCCCCAGAGUACGAUCAAGCGUUCACCUAAAGAAUCUCUGCGCGCAGGAGGCUCAAACCCACCGGCGGGACCUUCUCUAGAUUCGCCCUUCGACGAGGCAGAGGUCCAGCCAGGUACCUCAGGGUCCUGGGGCCUACCUACCAUUCAACUCUCGGGUGAAGAUGGGGAUAGUCUCAAAAACAUGUUUGACGUAAGUGAUGGGUCGGGCGAUCAAAACAUACUCAUCUUUACCUCUGACGAGGAAGGGGAAGAAGAGGAUGACCUUCCGACUCCACGCCUACAAAAGCUGGAAGAAGAUGUUCAAUUCCCAUCGUCUGAAUGGGGCAUGAUUAGUGCCGGUAGACAUGUCAGUCCAAUUGGAAAGGACACAGACGCAAUGAGUGACCUCAGCGCUGUCUAUCCGCCUGAUAUUGGCAGGUAUACGUCUGGCGGCGAGGAUGACAGCCCACUCGCAAUGGCACUACAGAACAUGCGACAUGGUGGAGAGAUGGGCACUUCAUACAAGUCAUCGGGGCGGUCCUUGUUCCGACGACGUUCAAUCAACACUACAGAAAUCCUUCAGAAACUUGGAGUCAGACCAACUGCCAGCAGUCGCAGCGUCAGCGGUGCUAGUGGCGGCGCAGACACUGCGAGCAGCAAGAGCAACCCGAAAUCGGGACAGAAGUACUUCCCAGCAUCAUCAUCUCGCAGUCGCCUUCCCAUCACUCCAUAG